GCGACGGACAAUGAAAAAAGCCUGUAAUUGUAAAAUGUAGGAGCUGUGGAAAACCACCGGAGUCCGAGUGAAAACUAAAGAAGAGAGACGAUUUUUCUCCGUCUACACACGAUUAUAAAUGGUUGGACUUCAGUGAGCCGGAGCUGCAGCAGCAGGGAUGAGGAUCCGGCUGCAGGGUCCCGGUCACGCUGCCAGCCUUCUCGCUGAGCUCAACCGCUGCCGUCAGAACCGUCAGUACUGUGAUGUUUUCCUUCAAGUUGGGAACCGGACGUUUGCCGCCCACCGUGCGGUGCUCGCCUGCGCUGGGACGUACUUCCGUAACCUCUUCACCAGAACUCCGGCCUCGUCCACCGCCGCCUUCUCUCUGGAGUUCAUCUCUCCGGCCAACUUCGAGAAGGUGCUGACGUUCGUCUACACGGGGGAGAUCCUGACCGACCUGAUCGACGUCGGGGUUCUGUAUGAGCUGGCUGAGAUGCUCGGCGUCAGGGAGCUGGUCAGGGCUUGUCACGCCACCUUCCCCGACCUGCAGGCUUCUGUCACUGCCAAGUGUAAAUCCAACAGUCCUGGAGAUCUCAGUCUGGACUCCAGCAUGGUGACUGCAGCGUCCAGAGUGGCUGCAGCCUUCGUUCCUGCCUCCUCCAUGUGUUCGUCGGCCACCUCCUGCUCCUCUCUGUCCUCAUCAGCCGGUCCGUCUGCUGCUCCGACCCCUGCUGCUCCUCCUUCGCCGGUCUUCCAGCCCAGGGCAGCCGCAACGGGCCGAGAAACACAGACUGGAGCUCUGAUUCUAGACCUGAAGGCAGAAGACGUCCAGUCUCACAUCGGCUAUGGUCAGAUGACAGAUCAUCAGCUCCCAGGUCUGUUGACCGGUCAGAGUGAAGGGAUGCUGCCUCCGGCUCCGGUGCUGCAGCUGAAGACCGAGCAGGUCCUGGAGGUCCGGGAGGCCGGAGGCAGCUGUGAGGACGCAGAUGGUCAGACGGUUUCUGAGAGUGUCGGCGUCAGUAAUCCGGCACCGUCCUCCUCCUGCUCCCUACCGGACUCCUCAGCUCAGCUCGGAGCGGAUUCCUGCGCCCCGACGUCGUCCUCAGGCGAAGCUCUCGGCGGCCUGCAGGUGGCGCCGGUGGAGGAUGUCCAGAGAGACGGCAGGCUGAUGUUUGGGGAGGUGGAGGAACGCGAGGCUGAGGAGGAGAGGGAGGCUAACGGGGCGAUGGAGACGGAGGAGGACGAGCAGUGGAGGCAGCUGGCCGGAGAAAUCAUCGAGCUGAGCGACGACGAGAACUUCAUGGAGGAGGCAGAGGAGGAGGACGAUGAAGACGACCUGGUGUGUGUGGAGAACGGAGGAAACACCAGCAGCCAGGUUCCAGGGUCCAUGCUGUCCUGUAAAUCCUGUGCGGCUCCUCUACUUGCCGACCCGGCCGCCAUCAGGAGACACUCUGAGACCCACCUGACCGAGCUGGGCCUCUGCAGACUCUGUGGAGCUUCGUUUCAGGACCGAGCCGCCGGCCUCUCCCACUGCCUCUCGCAUGUUGGGGUGCAGCUGUUCACCUGCGACAUGUGUCAGCUGCAGUUCUGCAGCCAGAGCAAGCUGCUGCGACACCACCGACACUCGGCCUCCAGCUACAGCCUCCCACAGGGGGCGCUGACGAGCAGCAGCCCCGGUUCUGAGCUGCAGUGCUCCGUGUGCACCAAGACCCUCAGCAAGGACUUCCAGAGCGUCAGGAACCACCUGCUGGGUCACGUCUGUCCUCAGAGCCUCACCUGUUCGGUGUGCCACCUCCCCCAGCCCUCCCUCUGCUCCCUGCUGUACCACGCCCUCACCCACCUGUCCUUGCCCGUCUUCACCUGCCCCCACUGCGCCCGCUGCUUCGUUGAGCGCCCCCUGCUGGACCGGCACAUGGUCGUGCACGCCGAGGAGGCGGCAGCAAAGGAAAGGGAGCGCUGGACGCUGAGGGCCUUCAGAGUCGGGUCGGACGGAGGCGGAGGCGAGGUGGAAGAGCUGCACUGCUUCCUGUGUCCGCAGACGUUCAGGUCAUCCUCGGCCUUCCAGUACCACCUCAGCCUGCACUCCGCCGAGUCGCCGAGUUCUGGAGGCGCCAUCGGAGGCGUCGGGGGUCAGGGUUGGUCGGGGAAGCGUAAAGCCGAGCAGCCUCUGGAGGGACCGACGCCCCCCUCGCCUCCGCGGGACGUCGUCAGAAUGAGCAGUCUGGGUUUAGGAAGCUUCAGCUUACCGGAGAAGUUCUUCCAGGGCCCGCCUCCCAACCUGUUCUCUGGGGUCCGAACCAACGGGACCUCCGGACCUGACGGGGCGGCCGGGCCGGCUGGGGUCCGGGUGAAGUGGUACCGGUGUCGCUACUGCGGGAAACAUUUCGCCCACUCGGGGGAGUUCACCUACCACCUCCGCAUCCACACCGGGGAGAAACCCUACCAGUGCAAAGUGUGUCUGCGCUUCUUUCGAGGCCGGUCCACCAUGAUCUGCCACCUGAAGACGCACGCCGGCGCCCUCAUGUACCGCUGCACCGUCUGCGGACUUUUCUUCUCCACGCUGAAGCUGGUGUCAUCCCACAUGGAGCUGCACAAAGACCACCUGCCUCCGGACUUCAACAUCGAGCAGACCUUCAUGUACAACGACCACUCCAAGGAGCCGCUGGCCGCCGUGGACGCCUGAGGACCUCAGACUGAUCAAAGGAGACCUGGACUGCAGCUACACAUAAAUUAUUAGUGAUAAGAUUUUUACUGGUCAUUUAGUUUUUAAAUUGUCAGAAAAAUUAUUUAAAAUUUGAAAAUGGCAUCUCCAAGUUGCUGCCAAAACUAUCUGAAAAUUCUCACCUGAACCCUAACCCUUUAUUUAAUCUUUUUUUUUAAAUUUUCAGAAAAAAUGAAAUGAAAUGAAUAUAUAUCCAAUGUUGCAUCUUCAAAUUACUUCCACAACACAAAAAUCUGAAAAUUCUAACAUUUUAUAAGCUGCAAAAUACUUUCUUGUUUCUUACAAUUUAAAAAAAAAAGGGGUUUUGACAGCCUCAAGUUGCUUUUAAACGAAAGACAGCAAACCUUUCCUUUCAGUUUAAAGGCUGGAACCAGAGAAUGUUUGGCAUUUUUGCAAAUUAAUUUUAGACUUUUUAUUUUCAGAAAUAAAAAAACUAAAUAAAUAAAAUAUAUAUCCAACGUUGCAUCUUCAAAUUACUUCCAAAACACAAAAAUUGACAAUUUCUCAUGUUGGCCGAAACCAGAGAGAGAUUUGGCAUUUUUGCAAAAUAAUUUCUGACCAUUAUUAUUGAUUUUAUGUUUAUUAUGUUUUUACACUUUUAGAAAAUGUUAGAAGAUGCGUUCAAAGGGGCUUCUCCAAAUUGCUUCUAAAACAAUGAAAAUAUAAAAAUUCUUGCAUUUUAUAAGCUGGAAUCGGGGAAUAAUCGGGGAAUAAUCGGGGAAUAAUCGGCCUUUUUGCAAAACACUUUUUAGAUUAUUUUUGUCAUUUGUUUUUUAUUUAAGAAGUAACAAACACAUAUAUAAGUCCACAAUUUAUUGCAUUUUAAAAGCUGGAAACAUAAUUUAUUUGGCAAUUUUGUAUGUCGUCGAAAUUGGGUCAAAAGUCACAUGCGCGUAACACGUACCGCACGCAAG